UGAAAGAAACGACAGCCUUCCCAUCGCGGCCGAGCAGAUCCUUUCGAGCGCAACCUGAGUACGACGGACGCUAGAUUCGCGCCGUGACGAGGGACCUACUCGUCUGGAGACCCCUGAGACGUCUUCGCUCGCAUCGCCUCCUUUCUCGGUGACCUUAGAUGAAAAGUCUCGGGGUGGUCGGCGUCGUGGCCUUCGCGCUGACGACCCUCGCCCUUUCCUCCCGCGCUCAGCUGCUCCCUCGGACUCGCCUCCCGAACGUUAUCAUCGGAGACCCGAAUGAGCCCGAGAACGAUAUCCUCGGACCGCCCUUGGCGAAGGAGGAGCUCGUCUUCAGGAUAAAUGGGACCGGAGAGGACGGCGCGGAGGGCGAGCCAGGAGACGGAGGCGAGGGGGGCGACCCGAGCCUUCGAUCCGGCUUCUUCCAGGGCGAUAUCAUGCUUCCCUCCGAGGACCACCUUCUGCAGAUCAUCCAGGGCUCGCCGGACGCCCAGGGGAGCGCCGCCAGGAACCCUGCUCUCCGCUGGCCCGGCGCCCUCGUCCCCUACGUCAUCUCCGCCUCCUUCUCGCGCGCGGAGAGGGCGGCCAUCGGGGGCGCGAUGGGCGAGUUCCACGCCAGGACCUGCCUUCGCUUCGUCGCCCGCCAGCCGCAGCACAGGGACUACGUGCACAUUCUCAAGGGCGAAGGGUGUUCGAGCGCGGUGGGUCGCGCCGGCGGGCUGCAGGUCGUCUCCCUUGGGCAGGGCUGCGUGCAUCACGGCGUGGUCGUGCACGAGUUCAUGCACGCCGCUGGCUUCUGGCACGAGCAGUCCCGGUACGACCGCGAUGAGCACGUCGUCAUCAACUGGAAGAACAUCAUCGGUGACAUGAAAUACAACUUCGGAAAGAAAACCAACCGCCUGACGAGCGACUUGGGGCUCGACUACGACUACGCCUCCGUCAUGCACUACGGGCCGCGCGCCUUCGCCGUGGACGCCUCGCUGCCCACCAUCAUACCCAGGGUGCCCGGGGUCGAGAUAGGUCAGCGUCGCGGCUUCUCGGAGCUCGAUGUCAAGAGCCUGAACAUCUUGUACCGCUGCGAUAAAGAUGCAACCACACGCCCACCGACGCCCACGGAGAAGCCAGGAGCCUGCGUGGACACCCACGCGGCCUGCCCCAAGUGGGCGGCGAGCGGCGUGUGCGUGAGGAGCCCCGUCUUCAUGUCGCGCACGUGUCGGAAGUCUUGCAAUCUGUGUGAUGAAAAGACUGACUGCGUGGAUACGAACAUCCACUGCGCGUGGUGGGCGGGGCAGGGCGAGUGCGAGCGGAACGCAGCCUACAUGGCCAGUUCCUGCCCCAGAUCAUGCGGCGUUUGUGGAGUGUGGCCAGGGCCGUGCAAGGACCAACACAAAGACUGCACCCAAUGGGCGGCCCGGGGGGAGUGUGGGCGUAACCCGGCUUACAUGGCCCGCAACUGCCGCUCCUCCUGCCGCCUGUGCGGAAAGCCACCUCGGGCGCCGGGGGCCUAGGGUCACGUGCUGGGGACUGCGCUUCAGGACAGCCCUGGUAUCCCUCAAGAAGCGUCUGUCGGUGUCUACGUAAAUAAUUAUGCUAGAAUACAGUUAUGUUACAAUACAGCUUUUAGCCAUAUUAUUAUUUUUUGUUAAGUAAAAGGAGAAAGCUAUUGCAGUACAGUUUCUGUAGAAUCUUAAUGAGCUUCUGAAUCAUGGGUAGAAAAUGACUAGUGAAUGGCAGUGCAGUAAGUGCCAAUCUGCAUCGAACAGAUCUCGAGACAGUGAUCUGUGUUCUUCAAUUCCUUCGUCGUGACCCUGUUAGAGAAAAGCUUGUGUUUACAGCGACAGUUCCGCCCGCCGUGUGAAACGCUUACUAUCUCCUCACGUAUUGUACCUGCAUGCACUUCAUAUACAUUAUUUAUAUAUA